UGUAUGGUCCCAGGCCUUUCAACUGAGGCUCAAUGGCCCAGCAAAAUAUGAAAGUGCGACCUGUGCUUCUAAAGCGUAAUAGUCUUGAGUCGGUGGAGUUUGUGAAGCAACCUCACCACCGCAGGAGCAAAUCUCAGCAGGUGCGAUUUAAGGAAGAUGGGACCAGUAAGACUCCAUCUCACCUAACUGAGGUUGAUGUCCAAACUUCCAAAGAACCGACUUUAAUGGGUAAGACUCAAGCACCCAGGCACCAUCAUCUCCCCACAUACUCACUCUCCUUCCCCAGGUCUCAGAAGGCAGAGGGCUUUCGGAACAUCGCGAUCCAAACUUCCCCUAGUCUCAGGAAGCAUUUCCCAGUUUUCAAAAGGAAGAGACUCACAGCCAGCAAGUCCCUGGUGGAAAUGCCAUCAGCAUCCCAAAGUGCCAUCCAGGUCAACGGCAACCUCUCUGAACAGGACAUUGUGUCUUCUGACCUUGCCUACUUAAGGCUGGCUCAGCAUCUUGAGGAUGGGCCUCAAAGGGUCAAAGUGUCCCACCCAUUUCUCCCUAGAAAGUCAAAGGUGCAAAGCAAUGGGCCUGUUAGCAUAUGCUUGGCAGAAGGGAGUUGGAAGCCCUCAGAAAAAGCAACAGCUGCCAUUCAGGUCCCAGACGAUAUUUAUCACAGUCCUACCUGGGCAGCUAGAGAAUCCACUUUCAGCCCAGACAGGUCUGCUGAAAUAAGCAACUCCAUACACGCUUUGGUUGACAUGUGUGCAGUUGAUGGGAGAACAGUGCCACCAUCAGAUUCAGAAAGAUCCCCCUCCUGCUUAAAUGCCACCAGCAGUGCCAACCACAUGCCAGGCACAGGAAAACUUAAACCGGAAUUGCUUUUGCCCAAAGACAACUCUGAUGACAAAGACUUUGGCCCACUGUCAUCUCAGUCAAAGGAAACAUAUGUUCCUUCACCUCCACGGACUCACAGCUCCCCCUUGCCAGGCUGCCACAGCCAGCCAGCCCAUCCAGGAGGGGCUUCAGACUGUCUGUCAUCGAGUAACAAUCACCAGGAUCUGCUGUCACUCAAACCUAACAGUGCAUCAAAAUCUGCCCCUGUGUGUCAAGAGCAGACAGCGAAGAACCCCACCCAGUCAGACAACCCGGAGUUUCAAAAUUGUCCAGAAAGCGACCACCUCCCACCCUCUCUUCUGAGGAGGGAGACCAAACUUCAGAGCAACAGGGACACGGGUGGGAUUAGUCAGAUUCACCUGGCACAGGGGGAACUCUGCGACCUCCAAGGCAGGCUGCAAUCUGUGGAGGAAUCUCUACACUCAAACCAAGAGAAAAUUAAAGUCCUUUUGAAUGUAAUUCAAGACUUGGAGAAAGCUCACGCUCUCACAGAAGGGCGCAACUUUUACCGAACUGGCCAGGAUCUCAACAAUUGCAGUACCUGCCAGAACACAGCGUGCAUCAUAUACAGUGUAGAAUAUGAUUUUCGGCAGCAGGAAGGCAGGUUCCAUGAAGUUCUACAGAGUCUGGAGGAAGCGGAACCAGUUGAGGAGGCUUCUCCCCCACCAGAGUCCCCAGCAGAACCCCCAGUCCCUGAGAAACAGGACUCACGGCGGAAAACCAAGAAGGUGAAGAAGAAAUGCUUCUGGUGGAUCUGAGCUUGUUGGGACCCUUCCCUCAGCCCUCCCCAGACACCUCCCUGAGGAAGGGAAACCACUGCCCUCAGGCCUCCUCGACUUCUUAGCAAAGGCCCCAGGCUGUGAGCCUCUCAACCUGAGACCUGAGAAAUG